GUAACUGUUGUCAAGAUGGAGCGUACUCCGGGUGGUGGUGUUAUGAAAUGUUUCAACAAGAAAAUGGGUAAAGACUUUGCCCAUCCCAACAGAUAUGAAAUAUCGGACCGCAAUCGCAGCGGGGGCUCGCGCACGGGCCAGGACUCUGAUGGACGGCAACGCCUCAACGAAAUGGAUGCACUGGAACGAGACUUUGAGAGGAACAUAGUGCAGCUGGAGAGUUCACUGGGUUACCUAGAUCUUCGCGAAAAGUCCAUGGCCACCGAAUGGAUACAGAAAUUGUGGGCCUUUCAGCCCAAUGUAACGGAGGCCAAGGCGAGGAACGCCAUUCUGACCUACUUGAUUAUGAGCAUUGACGACAAUGUCUUCAAGCGGGAGCCAUUUAACAAAUCUCCACCAUUUGGCACUCUCUCCGGCAUCCAAGCCGUAAUGCCCAUUACCCAGAACACCAUGUGCCUGGAGCCUCCCAGCGAGAACGUCAAGCGCAGAUACAUGGCCGAAUUAUUCAAAAAUUGCUUUGAUUCCGGUAAUUUUCUCUCCCAGCUACCAGUGCCACGUGAUGGCUCAUUUGUUAUAUUCCACAUGCGCCCAAAUAUAUAAAAAUGUCCUCUAUUCUG